GAAUUUUGGUAGUAAAAAGAAGCAUUGCUUUAUGUUGAAAAUAUUUAGUUUUGUAUUUCUUUAAGAUUAAUUGUAAAACCAGACGGAAAGUAAAUACGUAGACAUUGUUCCGGCAAGUGCCGGUCAGUUUUAUUAUCAGUAAAUGACAAACAUUUCUUACGACAGGACAUAAAAAAUGGGGACAGAAAAAAACGAAGUUGUUGCGGAAUCAAGUGAAGAUAAUAGUGGAAUUGCGCACACAGGAAACGGAAGAAUUUCAAAUUCCCUAUUUGUAAGACCGAACGCUUCUCCUGGUUACUGGCUGUGUUUGCUACUUCCACUUGCCUUUGCAUCAAACUUAAUACAUGAAAACAAAUGCAAUACGCAAAUUUCCACGCAACCCAUGCUCACAAUUGCCGCAGUCGGUAUGAGCAUAGAUACCCUCUGCUUGUUUCUAUAUAUGUUCUGCAAGACGGGUUUGCUGCUGAAACUAUUUAUUUCAUUUGUACCUGGCUUUAUUACCACAAUAUUAUACAAAGUUUUAUUGCAACAGUCAUGGAGCUAUGGACUAUUUUGGGGCUUUAUCAUAACCUUCAUUUAUCAGAAGUCUUAUAUUCGUGUGCUACGUGGAUUACCUGGUUGUUUUAGUUUUGGAGAGGCAUCUAUACUCGUUCAGGGGUUGAUGCUUUUCCUAUUAAAUGUAAUUUUAAAGUUUUUCACUUUAUUGCUGAAAACUGAAAACAGGAGUACUUUUGAAGAUCUAAAUAUUAUAAUGAUGUGUGCACUAACCUAUCUUCUUGCGAUCUGUGGGUUACUAACAGCUGCCAAAGUUCUACGUGGGCCUACCUACUUUUAUGCUUUAAUGUUUAUUUUAGUUAUAGGCGUAACAUCCACUCCUAUUACGGAUCCAGUGCCUAUAAUUUUCUUAUUGAAUUUUAUAUUACAAGACCAAGUCAGGGUAUACAUAGUUGUUUUCUACGUAAUAAUGGUGUUGUUGACAUUUUUGACUGUGUGGUGGCAAAUUGGCAAUGAGGAAAAAGCUUCCACAAGAAUACGAAAAAUAUUUCAUGUCCUUAUUGUCCUUGUGUUCAUACCUGGAAUAAUUUAUCAAUGUAGUUUUCUAUAUAUUGCUACUGGAGUAGCUUUGGCAAUUUUUACUGUGUUUGAACUAAUUCGUGUUUGCAACAUACCGCCUUUGGCUAUACCUUUGCGCAGAGCAUUUGCAUCAUUCUCCGACGAGAAAGAUGCUGGUUUACUCGCUUUAACACCUUUCUGUCUGCUUAUUGGCUGUUCCAUACCUCUUUGGAUAAGCUCUUGCCCUUGUGGAGAAAAUGAGUAUACGAAUGACAAUUCCCGAUUACUUUCAAUUUUAGCUGGAGUUCUGACAAUUGGAUUCGGCGAUACUGCUGCCAGUGUGGUUGGUUCGAAAUUUGGUCGCAUUAAGUGGCGUAGCUCGAAAAAAUCUUUGGAAGGCACUUUAGCAUUUAUGGUGAUGACUUUUUUGGCAACAAUGUUUUUAAACUAUUUUGGUUACACUAAAUUGUCAGCUAUGAAGUGGUUUAGCACAUCAAUAGCAAUAUUAACAACUUCUUUAGUUGAGGCGCAUACAGAUCAAAUCGAUAAUUUAACCCUUCCCCUAAUAUUUUAUAUAAUUGUGAAUAUAUUUUAAGAUUAAUUACCGUCUUGACUGAAAAGUACAUAGAAUUUAUUUUAGUUAGGUAUAAAACUUUUAAAUAUGUAUUUUAUAAAAACCAAAAGGAAACUGAAACUGUUUUUAGAUAAGAAAGUUUUAGUCAAAUAAACUGAAAAGUCAAAAUUUUGCAAAGAAAAUUAUUUUUUCGUAUGAACUAAUACAGUACUUUGUAUAUACAUAUACGGUUUUAAAUUGAUCGUAUGUCAUGUAUACCCCACCAUAAUAACUUUUUUUCCAGCCUUUUUCUCUCUAUUCCCUAUACGGGUAAUGUAGUAGAUGUCAUGAAUUCAAAACAUUAAUGUUCGAAGCAGAAACUGUAUCGGGUUUGGGGAUCACUAAAACUAAUUUUAUCAGUUUUGUUAUCAGAAUCAAAGCAAGAAUAUAGUCGUUAACAGAUUUAAUAAUAAGAAAAAUAUAAGAAUAGAACAGAAAAUGGUAUAAUUCUUGAGUUAAUGGAAAAUAAUUCAUAUAUUUUAAGGAAUUUACAAAACGUAAUUUAACACGAUAAAAAAUGCAUCUUUAUUUAUUCGAUAAUGUAAUAUAAAUCUGUAAAAUAAGCAAGUAAAUACAUACAAGAAUACAAGUAAACGCAACUAAAAUUCACUUACGAUUCCCCUCGGACAUCUAGGGGAUUACUACGAUAUCUUAAAAUCUGUCUUUUAAUCUUUUCGUUGCUUUCUUACUUCAAUUAAAUAAGAGAUAAAAUUGCGGAACUCAGUUUAAUACAAUUGCUUUCAUAUUUAUUGAUUUGGAAAUUUUAUCAUAGUAGCAGCGGAUUGGUGUGGUUUGUUCGUAAACACGAAAUCCAAUCAGAUCCUGUGACACCGUUGAAAACCAGAAUUGGGUUGCAAUUCUGACAACCAAGCAAAUCUCUCUUGGACACUACUGCACUCCUGAUAAUGAUUAUGGAUUUUUAUUUGACUUUAUACCAUAUAGGAACGAAUUUUCUUAAACUACUCUAAUUUGGUAAAAUCAGUCAUUAAUUUACCUCAGAACUCAUAUAUUAAUCCAACUAACUUUAUGAUUUCUGUCCCACUUUUCGAUAAUAUUGUGGAAUAUACCAUAUAACUUAUUAAAUUAUUUAUGGGAACAUAAUAUUUUAGACAAAAUGUUAGUUCUUUCUAAAAAUUGUAAAAAUCAGUCCACAUUCACAAUUGCGUCGAGUAACGGUUUGAUUUAAUUUGCAACCUUACUCAUUUUUUCUCGUUUUAUACGUUUACGUACCGUUGUCUUUUAAUAAUAUGUAAAUGUAGUCGUUAUAGUUUUCAGUUUGCAGGAAAUUAAACUUACAUAAUUCUACUUAAAACGUUUAUUUGAAAUUUCUAUGGCAACGCUGGAAUAGCUUUUAAAAUGUGGAUAGGAUGGAUAAGACUAUGCUUUCAAUUAAAUGGAUUUGAAGGCGAUGGUGAUUGGAGUAAAGUGAUACCGCAUCCGAACUGCUCGUAGGAAAGCAUGGUUGCAUCUAGAAAUAAAAUUUGUAUAUCUAUAUUUGACACCGACAUAUCUUCCAUUUGAUUCCAAAGAAGAGCUUUGACAAUUUGCAAGCUAAGUUUCCAAUUUCUAAAAACGUUCAGUAGUUCUAGUGGAAAAUGAAUUUUUUUUAUUUUAAACAAUUUUAUAUGCAAUGAGCCACAUCAUAAAAUCUACCAAUAUAAAAAUUGUAUAUUCUUCGCUGACAAAGUUGAGAUGAUGGAUUACCGAAAACAUUGUUGCAGUGAGAAAAACAAUAUCAAGAUUUGUUAUUUGUAAUUUUUAAUAUUUUCUAUAGAUAAAAAAUAGUUUUUUUUUCAGUAUUUAUUAAAUUAUAAAGAAUAAUGUGAUUUUUAGUUAUAAACAUUUAAUAUUGGUAAUACAAUUUUUAUAAUGUUAAACAAAAUAUAAAAAAAAAAUAAAAUCUUAUAUCUAAUAUAGAGUGAUUUUCUCUUUUAUGUCAUUAUUAUUUAUGUUUCAUUACGAAGAAAGUAUUAGAAAUAUGUAAAAGGUAUAUGAAAUAUAUGUCUUAAGUACAAAAUAUAAAUUGGAAAACUGUAUGCAAACAGGCAAUUAUGAAAUUGUGUUAUUUUUAAGAAUUAGCGCCCAUUGCCUGCUUCAAAAGCACAAAAAUUCCUUAUACUGAAGUUGAACAAUUACUCCGCAUUCGUUUUACUCUUAAAGUUAAUUUUUAUAACAAAUAAUGGUAAGGCGAACAUUAAAAGUUUCAAAUAAAACAAUUGUCGCAUACUAUCGACUAAUUACGAUGCAAUAAGAGAGACUGUAAUAUUAAGAGGCAACACAAGAUGUUUUUCAAAUUUAAAAAUUAACAGUACAUAUGAAUACAUAACUGUUGGACGUGGAGUUAUAUUGAUUUGAACGACAGAUAAAUAAAUGGCACAUUGCAGAGCAUAACAACAAAAUAUAUUUUAUAUGAUAUGGGGCGACAACUUGAAGACAUAUAUGUGUGUAUAUGUACGUACGUCUUUAGAAACACUUAGAGAAUACAUAACGUUUUCAAGCUAGAAAUAUAUUAAUUCCAGUUAAGAUUAAUAAUGUAACGUUAUAUUCGGAUACUGAGUUCGUUCAAUUUCAUGUAAACCAUGAUUCAAUUACAUAAAGUUGUGUCGAUAGCCCAAAACACCAAUUUUCCAUUGGAAUUGUAUCCAUAAUGUCAAAAUCAGCUGUUUUGUUUUUAUAAUUCAAAAAUAUAUUUUUCAAAGAUUUUAAUCAAUGAAAAUACUUUUUUUGAGUGAUAACUGAAUACGAAUAGAUUGUAAAUAACACAAAAUCAUCAAAAUGUAAAAAAGAAAAUUCAUGGGAAAACAAAGAACUUUCUAUAAUUGAAUCAUUAUGAAAACUUGGAUAUUUUCAUAUUUUUAUACUUAUGUACAUAUGACAUUUGCAUAUGCAUAUACAUUGCAAGAACGGCGACAAGUAGAUAUAUAAAGUUUAUAUGAAUAAGGAUUUUGCUGUAGAUAAUAGUACAUUACAGAGCAAGUGUGUAUGUAUAUGUAUGGAUCAUCGUCACUGAAAUUAAAAAGGCACUCAACACUCCUUUAAAUCUGUUUUCUUUUAUGCAUAUAAAUACUAUUUAUAAACCUCCGAAAAUGCAUGGGAAAUAUAAUGAAAAAAAUGACGAUUGAUAUGAUUUUAUUCUGGCCUUCCCACAUGUCAAUAUCGUAUGUGCAUAUGUAGACAUAUUUUGCUGGAUAGAUCAAUGUAUAAUUACAGCUGAAUUUUUAUUUUGAAUUCCUUUGGAGUUGUGCCAUCUCUCUUAUUAUACGAAAUUUUAUAAAAUGGCAUUCAGAAAUGCUUCAAUAAGUUGCAUGAUAUCUCUGCUAAUAAAUUUAUUUUAUGAACAGUGUAGGCAAUUCAUUAACAGUAUCAUAUUAGCUUGCCACUCAAUGGAGGUUUUUGACAAAUUCUUCAAAUUCUCACAGCUUAAAGGUAUU